UCAUUGCAGAAUAUAAUAGUUCCGAUGUGGGUGUGUUUUGACGGACGGUUAUUUUGUGUGCACCAUGCAGAUGAUGGAAGAGAAACGUCAAAGCAGAUUGGAUUAAAACGGAAAGAAACCGAUUCAAGUGUGUGUAAUGAGGAUUCAAGAGCUGGAUCAUCGCAUGAUGGAGCAGCUGCCUGAGGAUGUUGUAGGAAGGCGGGUGUUGUGUGAUGGAGAACGGGCCACGGUGCGAUACGUCGGGGCUGUUCCACCUACCAAAGGACUGUGGCUUGGUGUGGAGUGGGACAAUCCACAAAGAGGCAAACAUGACGGAAGCUGUGAAGGAUUUCGCUAUUUUACAUGCAGUCAUCCAACAGGUGGCUCAUUUGUGCGAGCUAAAAAAGUCAGCUUUGGCAUGGACUACCUGUCUGCAGUAAAGCAGCGCUAUGAGCUGGAACUGGAGGAGGCCAUUGGAGAGCAGGUGGUAAUAUCCACCAAGUCUGUGAAGAUGGUCGGCUUUGAGUCCAUUCUAGAAAAACAGCGGAUGGAGAAUCUAACAGAAAUUGCUCUCAGAAAUUGUGAAGUAUCAGGUCCAGGGCCUGAAAAUGAAGUCAGGAUAAACACACCAAAUGUAAUUUCUUUGGAUAUGUCUGGAAAUCUUCUGAGCUCAUGGGAGGUUGUGGUAGCAAUUACAGAGCAGCUAGAGAAACUGCAGGUACUUUUCCUCAGUCAUAACAGACUAAGGAUUUCCUCAAACCCAUCUAACAUGAGCCACGCCUUCUCCCACCUAAGAGUCCUGAUUCUCAACAGCUGUGCUAUUACCUGGUCUCAGGUGCUCUCGUGCGCCCCCAUGUGGCCACAACUAGAAGAGCUGUUUCUCAACGAUAAUAAUAUAACUGAACUAAAAAGACCUGUAGAUGUGCUGCAAGGUUUGAAGGUUCUUGAUUUGUCCAAAAACAGUUUAGUGCAGGAAAGUCUACUACAAUUAUCACAGCUAUCCAGGUUGGAGAAGCUGAACCUCUGCAGCACAGGACUCUCUGUCAUUCAGUUCAGUGACACGUUAAUAGGCACCAAGACUUCAGCGUUCCCUGCACUUAAGGUUCUUUUUCUUGACAACAAUAAAAUCUCUGAGUGGGCUGUCAUUAAUGAACUGGAGAAGCUGAGCGCUUUGGUGCAGUUGACCUGUAAACAUAACCCCCUGAUGGAUCUGGAGAAUAAUUGUGAGACGACUCGGCAGCUCCUCAUCGCACGCAUCGGUCAGCUGGAGAUACUCAACAAGAUUCAGGUGCUGCAGAAGGAGAGAAGAGGUGCUGAGCUGGAUUACUGUAAGAAGUAUGGUCGUGCUUGGCUGCAGGCUGGAGGCCACAUUGAUCCGCAACUGAACCAUCCCAGUGCAGAAUUCAUAGCACAGCACCCUCGCUACCUGACGCUUAUCCAGAAAUACGGUGCACCUAUGGAAGAUGAGCUAAAGGAGCAGAAACCUUUUGCUCUAAAAGACCAGCUGUUGACAAUUACAUUUGAGUGUCCUGUGGACACAGGCAGGAAAUCCAUACAGAAGAAGCUUCCCGGCUCUAUGAUCGUUCAGAAGGUGAAGGGACUGCUGCAUAGAUUAUUAAAACUACCAGGUGCUGAGCUACACCUCAGCUACACAAGCUCAAAGAUGGCAGAUAAAGAGAUCGAGAUCGACAAUGACCUGAAGCCACUGCAGUUCUACUCUAUAGAAGAUGGGGACAGAAUCCUGGUGCGCUGGUCCUGAGGAUACAGUUAAAGCCCAGUAGACUCUGGGUGAUGUUUGUCACCUGCCGUAACACGCUAACACAGAACACUGCACAAUAUCAGAUGUAGACUUCUACCAUUCAUCUCUCCACUCUUCUUUUCUCAAAGUCUGGACUCACGCCGAUGGUCUGCAGAGCGAAUGAUGGUCAGAGAUUGUGUGCCAAGAGACAGACUCAGUAAAGUUAUAAAAUAAGGUUAUGCCUUGAAAAAUAUUAUGCCUCGAUUUUAGGUCCUGUAAAGAUGUUGUAGAGAGGAAUAUGUGUUUUCCUGGAAAACAUGUUCUGAGGAAACAUGCUGAGGUUUGCUAUCAUUUCAUAUCAAACUGCAGUGUUCCAUGUGAAGCAGAAAGAUGAGGUGUGUUUGUUUAAAAUGCUUUAGUUCUGAGAUGUGGUAAGUUGUUGAACAGACGAGCUUAGUCAUUAACUAGAUACCGACCCAAAAUGAAUUGAGGUCCGUCAGCUUCUUCCUCUAGUUUUUAUUUUCAUUGUUGGUUUCCUGCUGCUCUGCUUUCUUCUUUCCUCUUUUCCAUUCACUUCUUGCUGACCUUGUUCUUAAAUUUCACACUUUUCAUAUGAACGUUCCCUACAGAUUACUGUCCACUCAUUCGCUAUAACUAUUGCAGUACUUCUAACAGUUUUACCUGAUAUUACACUUCUAUUAAUCGUACUCUUGUUGUUGAGUGGCAAAACUAAUGGAGGAAUAAAAGAUUAUCAACCUUG